GCGCCGAGCUCUCGGAGGGGCGGGACACACGGAAUCACCACAAGCAUGGCCACGCUGCGCGGGCUGCUAGAGACACCGCGGCACUUACUAGUCUGUGAGAAGUCCAACUUCGGCCACGGCAAGUCACGCCACCGGCAGCUAGUGGAGACGCACUAUCACAAUUACAAGGUUUCUUUCCUAAUUCCUGAAUGUGGGUUACUAUCAAAAGAACUGAAAAACCUCGUCAUGGAAAUGGGACCCUAUUACUUCGUGAAAAACUUACCACUUCAUGAAUUAAUCACACCUGAAUUCAUCAACACCUUUGUGAAAAAAGGUUCAUGCUAUGCACUGACAUACAAUACCAAUAUUGACGAAGAUAACGCUGUUGCACUACUACCAAAUGGGAAACUAAUUUUAUCACUGGAUAAAGACACUUACGAAGAAACUGGACUUCAGGGUCGUCCAUCUCAGUAUUCUGGCAGGAGAAUUAUGAAAUUUAUUAUUUCCAUUGAUUUGAUGGAUUUGUCUUUUAACCUGGAUUCCAAGAAGUAUGAAAGAAUCUCUUGGUGCUUGAAAGAAAAAAAGCCGUUGAAAUUUGAUUUUCUUUUGGCUUGGCAUCAGACAGGUGCAGAAGAAUCCACGAUGAUGGAGUACUUCUCCAAAUACCAGAUUCAAGAGCGGCAGCCCAAAGUGGCGAUGAGCACACUGAGAAGCCUGCAGUGCCCCGUGCUGCAGAGCAGUGCGCUCCGGGGAGAGCCAGAAGCGUCCUGCGGCGGCCCGGAGCUCUUCGACUGGCUUGGCGCUGUCUUCUGUGACGUGGACCUAAAUAAUGAGCCUAAUAGUUUCAUAUCAACCUAUUGCUGUCCCCAGCCAAGCACAGUGGUGGCAAAAGCCUUUUUGUGUACCGUCACUGGCUUCAUACUUCCGGAGAAGAUCCAUGUUCUCCUGGAACAGUUGUGCCACUACUUUGAUGAGCCGAAGUUAGCUCCGUGGGUUACACUGUCAGUGCAAGGCUUUGCAGACAGCCCCGUUUCCUGGAGAGAAAAUGAACAUGGUUUCUGGAAAGGAGGGGAGCAUCUGUACAACUUUGUGAUUUUUAAUAACCUGGACUACUGGCUUCAGAUGGCUGUUGGGGCAAAUGAUGACUGCCCGCCAUAAAAAGUACAAAAUUUAAA